ACGAUCGAUUAUGAGUUCGGCUAAUCGAUAUUCCAAUGAGAAUAUCGCGAUGCGAUAUCGCCAUGAUAUCGCUCCAUUGUCACUACUAAAGUAGCGUUUAAAUAGAGGUCGUGUCUGUAUGGAGUAGAUGAGGCUGUGCUCCAUGUGCUCGCAAAAUUCGCUCAGUCAGUUGUCAUGUAAGUAAAUCCGGUUUUGUGGAGGGAUAUACAAUUUUGUUGUUUCUUCUGAGACAAUAUGAUAAACACAGAUCAGCCAGACGUAGAAGUUGCACUUCUACUUAAUUACUAUCUACAUAAAGUUUUUUCUUUACCACAUAACAUACGUGAUUUAUUAAAUGGCCAGUAUGAGGAUAUAUUAAAUAGUGAACUUUCUACAUCUGUAGUGGAAGCAAUAAAAUGUGAUGAUAAUUUGGAAGAAAUUAUUAUUAAGGAUGUAUCUAGAUCAAAUACACAUCUGUCCUGGUUGUGUACAGGUGUAGCUUCAUUGUUACACUUUGUCCAAUGCAACUGGACAGGUCCUCCAGUUUCCAAGAAUAUUGAUUGGAUUGAAAGCAUGAGAGAUAAAGCACUCAAAGAUUUAUCAUUACACGACGAGUGCAACAUAAAUGUUAAAAAAAUAGAGUUUCUUUAUUUGUCAAAGAGAAUCUUCUCCAAUACAGCUUUACAGUUGAAGUAUAAAAGUUGCAUUUGGUGGUUAUUUAGAGCCAAUCUGUUACAUCAGCAUAUAUUGGAUGAAAGUUCGGGAGUGAUAUUUGAAGAAAGUGAAAACUUAAUAUUGAAAAUCAAGGAACUUGAUAUAUUGAAAGAUUCUCUCUGCGAGCUGUUAUUCAAUUUAGAAGCUGCUCAGUUUUACUUGUAUUAUAGAAGAACACAAAAUUCUGAGAAGCAUCUUGAAUGUGCACAAAGCUUAGCAGGCUUAACAUUAGAUUUACAAGGUGCAAUGGGAAAACGUACCAAGUAUCAGCAUGUGGAAAAGGCGCAAUUAUAUUUGAAUGUACAGAUAAGCAAGGAUAUUAUUCCAUCAAUAGAUUGCAAAGACAUUCCAAAAUCAUUGGACUUGAAUGACGAAUUGAGAUUAGAGAACAUUGAGUUCUCUGAACAUAAAGAAGAGAUCAAAUUGGGUUCUUGGGAGGAAGCUAUAAUUUUAUUGAACUAUUUCCAGUUGCGGUUGUGCCAUCCUGAGCAUAAACUCACCUAUGAGGAGAUCAAACCUUAUUUGACUAAAGUAGUGGAAAACACGAAAAAUUGGUCGUUAAAAAUAACUUCUUUAUAUCACCGCUGUCUUCUGGAGCACACUGACAAGAGAACAGUCGAGCGAUCUAUGAUGCAAGCGGAAUCUUUGCAGAAAGAUUACUACAAUACGAAAGUAUCUGUAGCUCGAAGGAUGGAUCUGUUCUUCGCGAGUGGUAUGAAACCUAUCUGGAUAUUAGAACAGAAUUGGGCUGAGAUAAUGUUCAGUCUUGGUUUCAUAAAAGAAGCUUCGGAACAUUUUGCAGAACUCGGAAUGUGGGAAUAUGUAAUUAAUUGUUACAUUACGUUAAAUUUGAAGCAUAAGGCAACUGAAAUUAUUCAGCAAGAAAUAUCUAAGAAGCCAACGGUAAAAUUAUGGUGGCUGCUUGGAGACGCAACUGGCGAUGUGAGUCAUUAUGAAACGGCAUGGAGAUUGUCCAAGGAAAAAAGCAGCAGAGUUCAAGAACGCUGGGGACGCUAUUAUUUUGCGAAAAAGAACUAUACUGAGGCUAUACCACAUUUAAAAUUGUCUGUCGAGUUGAAUAACAUCCAGGAAUUAGUGUGGCUCAACUUGGGCUAUGCAGCAUUGCAAACAGAGGAUUGGAAAUUAGCUGCUACGGCAUAUAAACGUUAUUGUGCUUUAGAGCCAUCUAAUUUCGAGGCAUGGAACAAUUUGGCGAAAGUCUAUAUAAAAUUAAGGGACAAACCCAAAGCCUGGAAGUUUCUGCAGGAUGCCAUAAAAUGUAAUUAUGAUCGUUGGGAAGUGUGGGAUAAUCUAAUGGUUGUUAGCAUUGAUUUAGGACAUUUUACCGAAGUUAUUCGAUGUUAUCAUCGCAUUCUGGAUUUGAAACACAGUCAUUUGGAUAUUCAAGUUCUUCAAAUAUUAACGGAUGCUAUAAUAAAUGAUCUUCCUGAUGUUGAUUCAGGAAAGUCAGCGUCUCAUUUGCUCCAAAAGUGCUUGGAAUUGUUCGGUAGAAUUAAUUCUAUCACAAUUAACAAUCCGGAUGUUUUAAGAUUGUACACUCAACUCGUUAUGCUGAGGAAAACGGACGUUGACGAAAAGAAAGCAGUUCAGUAUCUGCAACAAGCGUAUCGUGCUGCUACCUCGAAUCCAACAUGGAUUUACAACGAAGACGCUACGUUGAAUAUACUGACUUUGUGUAGUAAUUUGGCACAGGUGUAUUUAGAUUGUGCCACUGAUGUCUCAGAUAUUCAGAAGAGAAAAAUGUUGGGAAGUGCGAAAUUAUCGCUCCAAUCAGUCCUUAGAAAAGUCGAAGAGCAAGAAUGGAGCAACGCGAAUAUUAUCGAAGAGUUGACGAAAGUUAAAAACUAUUUUACAACAAUAAAUAACAAAGUCAUUGAAAUAAAUAAUACAUUGAGCACAAAAGUGUAAAUUGAAAUAAAAUUAUAAAUUGAAUUCAAUAAAAAAGCAAGGAUGUUUAUAUUAUUACUCAUUUGUUAUUCAAUAUGUGGUAAGAGAAAACCAAGAGAAUAUGUUUUUAGAAAUAUAUUAUAAACAAUAUAUUCGUCAAU